UCACAUCGGACGGUUCAAGAUGUCUCCCUGGUGGUUGUUGUUAUGUGCGUCUUCUUCCAGUGUUUUCUAUUAGUGAUAGAAAUUGCAGCCACAUCGAGCUGAGUGUUAGAUAUUGUGUUAGUGUAUAGUGUGUUAAUACACGUGUAAUUGAUUUGUUGUAAUUCGAUACACAGUUUCGGAGGUCGUAUAAGUUACAACUGUGGGUGAAAAUGGUGCGGCACGAAACUUCUAGACCGUUGGAUGAGUAAUGCUAGGUGUACACUAGUUGGCCUGUUUGUCAUACAUGGCAGUGCUGGCACUCUUGUUUUCGGCAACGCUAGCUCAGCAAUAUAAUGGCGGAAGCAACUAUGUGGAAUCUGAUUAUGAAUAUGAAGCUCCAGUCCAGGAGGCCCCAGCUCCAAGGCCACCUCCGAGGUCUUUCUCGCGCCCCGCACCCUCCCCGUUACGGCAAAGUGGCCCGCCUCCCCCUAGAGCUACACCAGUUCCUAUUCUAAAGCAAAUAAACAGGCACAAUGAGGACGGCUCGUACACUUAUGGGUACGAAGGCGCUGAUGGCAGUUUCAAGAUCGAGACGAAGCUGACGACCGGUGAGGUGAUGGGCAAAUACGGUUACGUUGACGACCUGGGGAAGGUGCGCGUUGUGGAAUACGGCGCCAACAAAUACGGGUUCCAGCCCGCCGGCGAGGGCAUCACCGUCGCCCCUCCCACUCUGGUUGAUGAGACCAAACGUCCUCGUGAGGGUCCUGCCGUCGAAUACGACGACGGACAAUACUAUGAGGAGCCCGCUGUUCGCUCCCAGGCACCCGUCAGAUUCUCACCUCCUCCUCCUCCUCGUCCCGCACCUCCCCGACGCCCCGUCGAGGAGUCUUACAGCUACGACACUUACUCUGACCCUCCUCCGGCUCCAAGGCCUAGUCCACCGAGACCCGGCAAUAGUGGUCCGGUGCCUCCUAGGUCACAGAUCCCAGGAGCGAUCCCUGCAGGUGGUUCCAGCACAGGGAUCGUGUACUCCCAGCCCAGACCAUCCCCCAAGCCUCAUGGCUUCUCCCAGGCGAUUCCAUCGGUUCGCCCCACUCCGCAUCAGCAACCAGUGUACCAUGCACAGCCGAUAGCCCCAGCCCCGUCUCGACCACAGGCCAGACAGACCGGGGGAAUCCUCGACCAACUCGCGAAGGACUACGCUCUGCCACCAGGCGGACAACCGCUGCACGAUAUCUCUUUUGGGUUCUAUUAGAUCACAUGAACUCGCUUCGAUGGCUACUUUCAUGCACCGCUCAGCUAGCGUCUUUAUUGCAGAACGGAUAUUGAAACUAACCAUUACAUCAUACAAUCAAACCAUUCCAUCGAAAAGAAAGUAACUCGGUUAGACCAUUAACCCUUUAAAGCCCAGUAGCAGCUAUAUUUACCAUCUACUAACCAGUAGCGAAGAAUUUUGUACACCCCUAAACAGCGUUAAUCAAACGCAGUGGAGAAGUGUUAUUUUUUUUAAGCUGCGGUAGAAUUCUUAAAUAUUAUUUAGAAGCGCUUCGGAUUUAAAGGGUUAACGGCGUGGUUUUCUUUUUUUAACUGUCGGCACUCGAAUUAAGUUGUUUAUGUUUAUAAUGUGUUGUUUGCUUUGCGACUGUGUAUGUACUGAAGUUUAAUUUUUUGUGAGAUAAAUAUUCACGUGUCCGACUGUAAAAAUGUGUACAACCCAUAAAUUAUUAUAAGAGAAGUCAGCCUUUUUCAGCUAGGAGAAAAAACUAUCUUCUGUAUUUAUUGUACAGUUGUUAAACCAGUUGAUGCAACUACCAAUUUAAUUUAGUAAUAAAAACACGAAACUUUUUUUGAGAUGUAAAUACA